AUGAGCGCUCAUGUCGUAGUCCUCGACUCGACAGCUCGAAGGGCUACAAUUAAGACAACACCAGGAAAAUAUCUGACUGAUGUUUUACAAGAGGCUUGUGUAAAACUAGGCGUAGAUGCUAGUCAAUAUGGACUGAAAUACAAAGGUAAACAGGUCGACCUGUCGCUAUCUUUCCGUCUCUCCGGGCUCAUUUCUGGCGCAAAGCUGGAGCUGGUCCAACUCUCACGGUCGCCAUCCGUUGUCACUGUCGCACUUCAGCUACCGGAAUCAGAAGCCCGUGGGGCGCCCAACGGCCGUCUCUUGGACAAAUUCCCAAGCACAACGUCAUUAUGGUUCAUAUUGCGUAAAUUUGAAGCUGGAGUUGCUGGAAAUGCAUCGAUUCGGAACCUUACAGCGCGAGGGGCUCCCGUUAUUGGAAACGGAGAUAAUGGAUCAGGGCGCUUGUUCUACGAGACGCCGGUGAUCCAAAUUUUGGAACGGGAGCUGUCCACAUUCACCGAUUUACAGAAGUCGCUAGCCCAACUAGGGUUCAACAGCGGAAACGUCUUAUUGAGGCUGAGCUUUCGUCGGACAGAGGACCCAUUAGAAGUUGCUAUGAGCAAGAUCCAAGAAUACUUCAAGUCAUCUGACGACACGACCCCCCAGUCACAGGAGUCGUCUACUCUAGCAGACCAGAAGCAGACAGUAGAUGGACCCAGCCAACAAGAACAUGAGCCGCCAAAAUCUACAUCAGAUGCAUCGCCCCCUGCACCUGUUUCCCCUGAAAAACCACAAAAUCAAAUCCCUCCACCUGCUUCUGCUGAACCUUCCGAACCUGCAACGACUGUUUCCUCUCGACAAGUAGCGGUUUUCGCCCCUCCGUCUAGCGAUACGCCACAGUCUGCAAAGACCGCCUAUAAUGAAAGUGACUACGUUCCCUCGGUAGAUCAUGCGCAGGCGCACCAACGUCGGCUCAACGCGGCAUCCCAGAACAAACGCCUCCUAUCUGAUGCAGAGAUUGCCGCUAAAGCCGCAGCAGAAGAGGAAAAGCUUGCAGCUGUCAAGGAGGUGGACGUCAAAGUCCGACUGCCGGACCAGAGUCAGAUUGUGGCAAAAUUCGGGCAACAAGAUACGGGCAAAUCACUCUACAGUUUUGUAAGGAAUUGCUUGGCGGGACCUUUCGCUGGAGAAAAAUUUAUCAUCACAACUUUCCCCGGUGGUGGCCAGAGUGGAAAGAAACUACAUAAUGUGGUCCCGGACUCCGAUCAAACUCUACUGAUCAAGGACCUCGGUAUGGUAGGCCGGACCCUUGUCAAUUUCUCUUGGGACGCAACUGCUUCCCAAGCUGCUCGGCAAAGCCGAAGAGACCUCCUGAGACCAGAGCUACGGACACAAGCGAAAGAACUUAAGGUUGAACAACCAGCGGAUGUCAUGGAUACCUCUGAGGAUACGGCGCAGCCGAAAUCUGGGUCUGAUCGUCAAAGUGAGAAGUCAAGCGGGCGCAAACCAGGAAGCCUACCCAAGUGGUUGAAACUGCCCGGGAAGAAAUAG